CCACCUUUCUCUCUCUUACGAUGCUCUCGCUUUCUUACUCCUCUUGUUUCCCAUUUUUCUCCCUAUCACCAUACCACUCAUGCCAGUGUUCAUAGGAUAUAGGUGAGCUGGAAGUGAUUCCGUGGGUGGUCUCGAGCUGUAUUGCUCCAUCCCUCCCACCCAUUAUAAAUACCCUUUCCCCCUCCCACUCCUCUCCACACACAUACACCCAACCUCAUUCGAAUCCAGUUCACCUCUCUCUCUCUCUCUACCCUUCAUAGGCACUGCUUAUAAGAGCAAAACACCAGUUCGUUGUAAUAGUAAUACUAGUUAAUUUUCAGAGCCUUCCAUCACGAUUGCAAUGCUUCCUCUCCUACUAUCCCUUGUCCUUUUCCCGCUCUGCCUGCUCUAUCUUCUGCACAGAAGAGCAAGAGCGAAGAAGCCUUCCUCUGCCACCGCCCAUAAGCUGCCCCUGCCUCCCGGCUCUAUGGGCUGGCCCUACAUCGGCGAGACUUUCCAGCUCUACUCCAGCAACCCCAACACCUUCUUCUCCCUCAAACAGAAGAAAUAUGGGCGUAUAUUCAAGACUCACAUACUGGGAUGCCCCUGCGUGAUGGUGUCGAGCCCGGAGGCGGCGCGGUUGGUGCUGGUGACGCAGGCCCAGAUGUUCAAGCCGACGUACCCGGCGAGCAAGGAGCGCCUACUGGGCCCCAAGGCCAUAUUCUUCCAGCAGGGGAACUACCACGCCCGCCUGCGCCGCAUCGUCCUGAGGGCCUUCAUGCCCGACGCCAUCCGGGGGAAGGUCGCCGGAAUCGAGGCGGUCGCCAUCCAGGCCCUCCACUCCUGGGACGGCCGCAACAUCAACACCUUCCAGGAGAUGAAGACGUAUGCGUUCCAUGUGGCACUCCUAUCCAUAUUCGGGAAGGAUGAGAUUUCCUGCAUAGACGAGCUGAAGCAGUGCUACUACACCCUGGAGAAAGGUUAUAACUCCAUGCCUAUCAACCUCCCAGGGACCCUCUUCAGCAACGCAAUGAAGGCCAGGAAGCAGCUGGGCCGCAUAGUGGCCGACAUCCUUUCAUACAGGAGGCAGAAGAAGGCAGAGGCUGAUGACCUCCUUGGCUCAUUGAUGGAAGCAAAGCAAGGCCUCACCGACGACCAGAUAGCCGACAACAUCAUUGGCGUCAUCUUCGCCUCUCGUGACACUACCGCAAGCGUCCUCACAUGGAUCGUCAAGUAUCUCGGAGAGAACCCAAGCAUCCUGCAAGCAGUCACCGAAGAGCAGGAGGAGAUCAUGAGGGACAAGGAAAUGGGUGAAGGGGAGAAGUACUUAACCUGGGCUGAUACCAAGAGGAUGCCGAUGACUUCGAAGGUGAUUCAGGAGACGAUGCGGGUUGCUUCGAUCCUUUCUUUCACCUUCAGAGAAGCGGUGGAAGAUGUCGAGUAUGAAGGAUAUCUCAUUCCCAAGGGAUGGAAAGUCUUGCCACUGUUCAGAAACAUUCACCACAGUCCGGAUAACUUUACCGACCCAGAAAAGUUUGAUCCCUCCAGAUUUGAGGUUGCUCCAAAGGCCAACACCUUCAUGCCAUUUGGGAAUGGGACCCACUCCUGUCCUGGCAAUGAGCUAGCAAAGCUGGAGAUGCUGGUCCUUCUUCAUCAUCUGACCACCAAAUACAGGUGGUCUAUGUCGGGAUCGGAGAGCGGAAUCCAGUAUGGGCCUUUCGUACUGCCCCUGCAUGGGCUGCCAAUGAGAUUCUCUCGCAAGACAUGAACGGAAGAUCAGAAGAUACACCUACUCUACCGGACAGCAUCGGUCAUUGUUAUCGUCGCCGGUUAUAAGGCCACUUCAUAUAGUGAUAUUUCACAGAUAGGAGAAGGAACUUGCAAUCAGCUCUGAUUGCAAUUUCUGGAAGAAAGAGACCACAAAAAUUGACAAAGGAGGCAUCAUUCAGAAAGCGUGCAAGGAGAAUCAGCUCAUGUGAGGAGAGCGAAGCUCCCUAUCACACCGAACAAAUUAUACAGGCCUUCCAACCAAUUCAUGUAUCAAGGAAGGAAAUUUGACGAAGGGUGUCAAAACAUUCAAAUUACAUGAUUGUAUUAAAGUAUUAUUUAUUUUUUUUUCUUUUUUCUCAUGAGAAUUCAAAGACGUUGACGGGGUUUGUAAUAUGGUUCACUAUCAGCUUUUUGAUCUGCAUAAUUUAUGCUCAAAA